AUGGCUUCAUUGACAAGCCAAGGUUCAAAGAAGUCUCAACGUAAUCCUGUAGGAUCAGGAUCAGGAUCAGAUAGUUCUCAAGCCCGUAAUGUAAAGUUUGCAAGAAGAACUUCAAGUGGGAGAUAUGUGAGUUUAUCAAGAGAGGACAUUGAAAUGUCUUCAGAAAUAUCAGGGGACUAUAUGAGCUACACUGUUCAUUUACCUCCUACCCCUGAUAAUCAACCUAUGGACACGUCCGUUGCAAUGAAAGCUGAAGAACAAUAUGUUUCCAAUUCUUUAUUUACCGGCGGUUUCAACAGCGUUACCAGAGCCCAUCUUAUGGACAAGGUCAUUGAUUCUGAAGUGAAUCAUCCUCAAAUGGCUGGGGCAAAAGGCUCUAAAUGUUCAAUUUGUGAUGGCAAGGUCAUGAAGGAUGAAAGAGGACAUGAUGUCGCUCCAUGUGAGUGUAGGUUCAAGAUUUGCAGAGACUGCUUUAUAGAUGCACAAAAAGAAACUGGUCUAUGUCCUGGUUGCAAGGAGCCAUACAAAGUAGGGGAAUAUGAGGAUGAGCCUCCAGAUUAUUCAAACGGGGCACUGCCAUUACCAGCACCAAAUGGCUCCAAACGGAAUCCAAACAACAUGCAUGUUAUGAAGAGGAAUCAAAAUGGAGAAUUUGACCACAAUAGGUGGUUGUUUGAGACACAAGGUACCUAUGGUGUUGGCAAUGCUUAUUGGCCCCAAGAUGACAUGUAUGGAGAUGGUGGUGAUGAUGGCCUACAAGGAGGAAUGAUAGAUCCAGGGGAUAAGCCUUUUAAACCGUUAAGCCGUAAAACGCCAAUUCCAUCUGCAAUCAUAAGUCCUUACAGGUUGCUUAUUUUUGUUCGGUUAGUAGUAUUGGCCUUCUUUUUGCAUUGGAGAGUGAGGAAUCCAAAUGAAGAUGCAAUAUGGUUGUGGCUUAUGUCAGUUACUUGUGAGAUAUGGUUUGCUUUCUCAUGGAUACUUGAUCAGGUUCCCAAGCUUUGCCCUGUGAAUCGUUCAACUGACCUUGGUGCUCUUCAUGACAAAUUCGAUAGUCCUUCUCCAUCUAAUCCCACAGGGAGAUCUGAUCUACCUGGUGUAGACCUCUUUGUGUCCACUGCUGAUCCUGAGAAGGAGCCACCUUUAGUCACUGCCAACACCAUUCUUUCCAUAUUAUCAGUUGAUUACCCUGUGGAGAAACUUGCAUGUUAUGUUUCUGAUGAUGGAGGUGCUCUCCUGACUUUUGAGGCCAUGGCUGAGGCUGCGAGUUUUGCUGAUUUAUGGGUUCCCUUUUGUCGAAAACACAACAUUGAGCCAAGGAAUCCGGAGACUUACUUCAGUUUAAAAGUUGAUCCUACCAAGAACAAAAGCAAACAAGAUUUUGUGAAGGAUAGAAGAAGGGUCAAGAGGGAGUAUGAUGAGUUCAAGGUGCGCAUAAAUGGCCUUCCAGAUUCCAUCAGGAGAAGAUCAGAUGCAUUUAAUGCUAGGGAGGAAAUGAAGAUGAUGAAGCACAUGAAAGAGAGUGGAGCUGACCCUUCUGAGCCUGUCAAAGUCUCCAAGGCCACUUGGAUGGCUGAUGGCACCCACUGGCCUGGUACUUGGACUUCUGCUUCUAGUGAACAUUCAAGAGGUGACCAUGCUGGAAUACUUCAGGUGAUGCUGAAGCCGCCAAGUCCGGAUCCGUUAAUGGGCAGUGCAGACGACAAGAUUAUAGACUUCGCAGAGGUAGAUACGAGGUUGCCAAUGUUUGUGUAUGUUUCUCGGGAGAAGAGGCCAGGUUAUGAUCACAACAAGAAAGCCGGUGCGAUGAAUGCACUGGUUCGAACAUCUGCAGUUCUGUCAAACGGGCCAUUCAUUCUAAACCUUGAUUGCGAUCACUACAUCUACAAUUGCAGGGCAAUACGUGAAGGGAUGUGUUUCAUGAUGGACAGAGAAGGCGAGGACAUAUGUUACAUUCAGUUCCCACAAAGAUUCGAAGGAAUUGAUCCCUCAGAUCGUUAUGCCAAUCACAACACUGUGUUCUUUGAUGGAAACAUGCGAGCACUUGAUGGUGUUCAAGGUCCAGUUUAUGUGGGAACUGGAUGCAUGUUCAGAAGGUUUGCAUUGUAUGGAUUUGACCCACCCAAUGUGGAUAAGGACAAGAAAAAGAGUAGUGGAGGCUCUGAGGAAACAGCACCAGCAUUGAAUGCUAGUGAGUUUGAUCCAGAUCUUGAUGUUAACCUGUUGCCAAAGCGGUUUGGUAAUUCAACCGUUCUUUCUGAGAGCAUACCUGUGGCUGAGUUCCAAGGUCGUCCUCUUGCGGAUCAUCCUGCUGUUAAAUAUGGACGUCCACCUGGUGCUCUCAGGGUCCCUCGAGAACCACUUGAUGCAAGUACUGUAGCUGAAGCUGUCUCUGUCAUUUCUUGUUGGUACGAGGACAAGACAGAAUGGGGAGACAGAGUGGGAUGGAUUUAUGGGUCAGUAACAGAAGAUGUGGUCACAGGGUAUCGCAUGCACAACCGUGGAUGGCGUUCAGUGUAUUGCAUAACAAAGAGAGAUGCAUUUCGAGGAUCAGCACCAAUAAACCUCACUGAUAGACUACACCAAGUUUUGAGAUGGGCCACAGGUUCUGUUGAAAUCUUCUUCUCUAAGAACAAUGCCUUCCUUGCUAGUAGGCGUCUCAGGCUUCUCCAACGCUUAGCAUACCUCAAUGUUGGCAUUUACCCUUUCACUUCCCUCUUCCUUGUUGUAUAUUGCUUCCUCCCUGCACUCUCCUUAUUCUCUGGAUUCUUCAUUGUCCAAACUCUCAGUAUUGCAUUCUUAAUCUACUUGCUUACCAUCACAAUAUGCCUAGUGAUUCUGGCAAUUCUUGAGGUUAAAUGGUCAGGUGUGGAGUUAGAACAAUGGUGGAGGAAUGAACAGUUUUGGCUCAUUUCAGGAACAAGUGCUCAUUUGGCUGCUGUGGUGCAAGGACUCCUUAAGGUGGUAGCCGGUAUUGAGAUUUCUUUUACUUUGACAUCCAAAUCUGGAGGGGAGGAUGAUGAAGAUAUAUAUGCAGAUUUGUAUAUAGUUAAGUGGAGCUCAUUGAUGAUUCCACCAAUUGUUAUUGCUAUGAUGAAUAUUAUAGCCAUUGUGGUUGCAUUUGCAAGGACCAUUUAUAGUGCAAACCCACAAUGGAGUAAGUUCAUUGGAGGAGCAUUCUUCAGUUUCUGGGUGCUUGCUCAUUUGUACCCUUUUGCUAAAGGGUUGAUGGGGAGGAGAGGGAAGACACCAACCAUUGUGUUUGUUUGGUCAGGUCUUAUUGCAAUUACCCUUUCUCUGCUUUGGAUUGCCAUUAGCCCACCUAAGGGUGCUGAUGGACAAGGUGGGGGAGAUUUCCAGUUUCCAUGA